CAUGUGAGCAGCAGCAGCACUAAAAACAUGGCGAUACACCUAAAAGCAGCCCGUCUCUGUCGACUGGCAGGACGAACUGUCCCCUCCCUGUCAGUCACACACAGACCAGCUGUCAGUCAUCCAGAGAGGAGAUGCUUCCUUUCCACCUCGACGGGGAAAAAUCUUCAGUUCAAGCUCGAUGAGCAGACGGCUCACAGCAGCCUGGACCUCUUCAAGAAAAACACUGCCGUCAUCUACCGCAUGCUGGGUCUGGACCCCAGCCACGUGCAGAAAAACCCAGAGCGCUUCCAAGACUGGGCCGUCGUGUUUGGGGACGAGAAGAUCAGCAGCGGACGUCACUACUGGGAGGUGACCGUCAAAAAGUCUCAAGAGUUUCGUGUGGGUGUGGCCGAGGUGCUGAUGUCCAGAGAGGACUGCGUGGGAACCAACAGCUCCUCCUGGGUGUUUGGCUACGCUCAGCGCAAGUGGUUUGCUAUGACCAGCAACAAGAUGGUUCCUGUGACGCAAGUUGGCAAGCCGGACCGCAUCGGCAUCCUGCUUGACUAUGAAGCGGGCCUUCUGGAGCUGAUGGACGUCGAAAAACACGCAAUCAUUCACACCAUCCGGGCCCAGUACAAGACUCCCCUCUGCCCCGCAUUUGGACUUUGGGACGGGGAGCUGCUCACACACUCUGGUCUGGAGGAGCCUGAAGGUCUAAAGUGAAGCAGGAUGAACUGUGAUUGUGAUGCUUUUGGGAUUAAGAUCGGUACAGUGGCAACAUUUAUCACAAACAGUGCAGGAAAUAAAGCAAUGUCUAUGUAGUCUGUCAUUUGCAUCUUAUUAAAGGUGAUGCUUAAUUUUCUGUGGUCCAGUUUGUGCAUAAUGAUGACUCUAAACAAUGCAAGCUCAUACUUUGUGUAUGUCAUUCAGCCUCAUGCAAUCAUAUCACAGAAUAUGUAUUUGUGUAUACCUCAUGUAUUACCUCUCAAUCAAUUGAUGGGAAAAAAUGUGUGGUUAUUUUUGAGAGGCACAUUAACUGUCAAGUGU